GUCGAAGGCGAUUGCCUCAUCAGUGAAGUCUGCUCGCUGUGCCACUGGGUCAAACGUUAGUAAGUGCCCCACCUUCCCCCGCUCCCCCUCGUCCCUCCCGCUUUGCCCGCUUCUCCCUGUUUCUUGCCUGUAUGCAGAGGACGCCCCAGAGGAGUAA